UUUCACUUUGAGGAGACAAAAAAGCAAAAAACCGGAAAUUUUAUCAAUACUUAAACAGUUUUAUCGGUUGAAAUCAAGCAAAUGAGCAUCUUAUUUUCUGGCCAGCAGAACUGAUUCGCUUAGAUUUGUCAUUUUCACAUUUUGUUUCUCCAAGCAAUUUAAUUGUUGAGCUGACUUGGUCUGAUUUCAACAGCCAACUCCUUAUAACAAUCAGAUCAAAGCUCUUUGUAAAUAAACUCCAUUCUUCAUACUUUAACAUUCACUGGUUGUGGCUUCAUCGGACAUCAUUUGCUAAACAACUAAACAAUUCAUCAGUAAAUAUAAUCAUGGCUAAUCAUCUGUAUAAUACUUUUUCACUUGUGUUGAUUGUUUGCUUUAUGUCCAGCUGUUUGGCAACAAUCCUUCGUGACUGUGGCUCUGACAACGGUCGACUUAAUAGUUUAACUGUCCCUGGAUGUACAUUCAACGAUGAUGAGGAUAAAUGUGUUUUGGUGAAAGGUGAAACAGCCUCAAUGACAGCUGAUUUUCAAACCUAUAACCAAACUGCCAAGGCUGAUGUCAAAAUUUGGGGCAUCUUAAUGAGAACUGUUAAAGUACCUUUUUCCAUUGCUUCUGACGCUUGUACCAAUUGGGGAGUUAAAUGUCCAAUCGAAGCCAACUCUGUUUCAACCAUGACAAUCAGUUUACCAGUCAAGAAUGAAUAUCCAUCGAUCCCAGUUGACAUUGAGAUUUCUUUGAUGGACGAUGAAAAUAAAUCCAUUUUCUGUGUCAAAUUUGCAGCUGUACUCAAACCCAAAUCUAAAGCAUAAUAAUCGCCAGUGAACUAUUUGUAUAUAUUUCAAAUUGUAACAUGAUUAAUGUGACUGGUUGCUUAAAUCGUGAUUAAAUGAGACAAAAAAUAUGGAAAUAUGAGGUUGAAAUAAAAUGAGAAUGCAAAUGAACAUUAUUUUUCAAUAAAACAAUCUUUUACCUGCCA